AUGGACAACUUCGGGUACCGCGAGAUGGGUUGGGGUUCGCCUGUUCACACUCCGGUUCAGACACCGACACGAUCUCGUUUAUCUAGCAGUACAAGAUCAAGAACUAAGGAACCUGAAGAAUUGCCACUGGCUUACAAAUAUGUCCGAAAUAUCGAUCUUUUGGAGUCUGCUAAAGAGCCGGAAAAACCAAAGGAGUAUCUAUUUGUGGGACCCUCUCCACCAGCUGAAGAUCCACCAAAUAUGUACCACAGCUUCGAUAUUAUGGCACCAGAUCCGGAAGCCAUCUUGACCGAAGAGGCGCUCAGACGUAGUCUUCGUGAACGGGCUUUAGUGCUAGGAGCAGCCAGGUUUUUUGAUGACGUUGAGUGUGGCAUUAUAACUUUAGAAAAUAUUGAAGAACACCUCAAGUCAGCACCGGAAGUGGUUGUGAAUUUAACUUUACUAUGGGCUGCUUUUCUAGGAAGAGAUGAAUUAUUGUCUGCUAUUUUGCUGGCUGGUGCCGAUAUUCACUAUUACGAGGCACCUGGAUUAACAGCGUUACAUUUGGCAUCCUUCAAUGGUGCAGGUAGGGCUGUAGGGUUUUUAAUAUCUCGAGGUGCAGAUAUAGACUUUGCUCCUAAAUACUUUACACCUCUUCACGCCGCUGCAUUUGGCAAUUCUUUAGAAACAUCAGAGAUUUUAAUACUUAGUGGGUCUUCGUUACAUGCUGUCGUCCAGAGAGCGGGUUGUGAAGAUAACCUGGUGCAUUGUGCAGUGAGAGCUGAUGCUGUAGAGUGUAUGGAACUUUUCAUAGAAAGAGGAGUAGAUCCUGCUUAUACUACUUCAUCAGGGCUGAAUGCGUUGCACCUUGCCGCUGAACUAGGCUCACAAAGGUGCCUCUCAUAUUUACUUAAAGAAACAAAGAUAAGUGUAAAUAGUCUGACCAAACAAAGAGAUAAGGAAUGUACUGCAUUACAUUUAGCAGCAGCUCGAGGUUACACAGAAUGUUUGGAAUUACUUUUAUCAGAAGGUGCUAAAGUAAACACAAAAAAUUAUAGAGGAUUUACAGCAUUACACCUUGCUGCGAGAUUUUCAAGCAUCGAAAGCGUGGAAGUACUCCUCAGGGAUGGCAAUGCUGAUCCAAACGUGGAAGAUUAUGAUAAGAGGACAGCAUUGCAUGCAGCUAUUAAUCGAUCUGAGAGAGCGUGUGACGUAAUUGAUCUUCUUGUCACUUGGGGUGCACAAGUCAAUAAAAAAGACGAAUAUGGUUACUCACCGCUCCACCUAGCAGCAACCGAUGGUUUGAAUCAAUGUGUCGAGACUUUAAUUUUUCUUGGUGCCGAUGUUACUUCUAAAUCAAAAAAAGGACACACAGCCUUGAGUGUUAUAGCAAGAAAGAUGCCUAAAUCGUUAGCUAUUGUAAAUCACUAUUUGGACUCAGGUAUAUGUUUUAAUCAGACAUCAGAUAGCAGUGAGGAGGUGCAAAUAGAGUUCGAUUUUGGCAGGCUUCUAAAAUUUUCUUAUCCCCGUGAAAUUACUUAUUUGAAUAGUUUGAUAGAUGAAGGACAAAAAGAUAUAUUACUUCAUCCUCUUUGUUUAGCUUUUCUGUUUAUGAAAUGGAAAAAGAUAAGAAAAUUUUAUUUGGCCAGGCUUAUAUUUUCUUUCCUGUUUGUUUCAUUUUUAUCAAUUUAUGUCUUAACCACCGUAGUAAAAACAUGUAAGGGUACAUAUAAUAAGAAAUAUGGAGUUCUUAAUGAGCUUUGUCAAACUCAAUCGUAUUUAGGAAUGAUGCUGGAGAAAAAUCCUAUUGAAUUCGAAAGAUGGGUUCUUUUAGCGAUAACAGCUUUUGAAAUUCUUAGAAAACUAACAAGUAUAACUGGUUUCUCGAGUUUUUAUCAUUAUUUUACUAGUUUCGAAAAUCUGAUGGAGUGGUUCGUAUUAUUGUCAGUAUUUUCCUUGUAUCAUAUUGACAAGAACUACAGCUGGCAAAAUCAUGUUGGGGGAUAUGCUGUGCUAGGCGCUUGGACCAACCUUAUGUUGAUGAUGGGCCAGUUGCCUAUGUUUGGUGACUAUGUUGCAAUGUACCAAAAGGUGUCAUCCGAAUUUUUAAAAUUAUUAUUUGCUUAUAUGUGCUUAUUACUCGGUUUUACAAUUUGCUUUUGUAUAGUUUUUCCCAAUGAAGAGAUGUUUGCGAAUCCUCUUGUGGGUUUUAUCACUACGCUGUCUAUGAUGGUUGGUGAGCUAAAUCUAAAUAUUUUGAUCAAUGAUCCAGAAGAGGUUGAUCCUCCUUUAGUUUUAGAGGUGUCGUCACAAAUUAUAUUUAUUUUGUUUCUUAUGUUUGUGACCAUCAUUUUGAUGAACUUGCUUGUUGGUAUCGCCGUUCAUGAUAUUCAAGGCUUGCGAAAAACUGCUGGAUUGUCAAAGUUGGUAAGACAAACCAAGCUUAUUUUGUUCGUAGAAAUGGGUCUGUUUAGCGCUUGGCUUCCGGAUUGUUUGCACAAAUACGUAUAUAGAACAGCGCUUGUUUCACCCGAGGCUGGUAAGGUAAUUUUAAGUGUUAAACCACUAAAUCCUCGAGAAAGAAGAUUACCAACUGACAUAAUGAUGGCUGCAUAUGAAAUGGCACAAUUAAACAAAGUAAAAUCUGGUCGUUCUGUGAAAGAAGUUUUACAUAAAAAUAAUUACAUAUCAAAAUUGAAAAAUAACGAACAUAACUUUGGUUUAGAAAUAAGAGGGAUGCAGGAGAAAAUAGAUCAAGCUACUUUCAAUCUGAAGAAGAUAGAUCAAGAGAUGCGUCAUUUAAAUUCAUUGUUGAUAAAUCAGCAGAACCUUCUAAGCAAUGUCUUCAAAUAUAUUGAUGUAAUGCCCUACAAAUCCACACAUGUCGCCACACCAGUUUAUGCUAUAGAAUCACCUGUAUUUCAACCUGCAAAUGUAUCUGAUAUUACCAAGUAA